GAUGGGGCGCCGACCAUGACAGAUUGUUGUCGAGCGGUGUCUGUUUCUUUUCGUUUUUACCGCGGAAGAAUAACAAUGAUCUGAAAUUUCAUGAAUUUUUGAUAUUUUAUACGAAAGCGUAUGGCAGUUUAAGCCCUCCGUGAAGUAAAUUGUUGGUGUGAAUUGGGGUGAAAAAGGCCAGUUACUCUCAGCCAUCAUGUUCCAUCUAAGGUCUCCGGACUCUAUUUUUAAGCUCGUUUUAGGGAUAUCGAUUGGUGUUGUUGUGUUCAUCAUCAUACAAAUGUCUUAUCUGCCUUCAAAUGACCAAAGAGAGCUGGACUUCGAUGGCACACUGGAGCAGCGUCUGAUCCACCUGGAGAGUGACAUCUCACAGAACCGGCAUGUGGCCGGCCAGCUGCACAAGGCGGUAAAGGAGCUGAUGACGGCCGCGCCACCUCCAGACCAGCACCAGCAGGCCGACCAGCUGGAUGUGGCUGCCAACCAGCACCAGCAGGCCGCCCCGCAGCGGGCGGCUGCAGAAUGGCAGCAGGAGCGGCAGCAGCAGCGGCGACAGCCAGGCAGCAUGGCAGGAUUCUGCGAAUUUGGCCAGCAGUCACCUAAGACCACCGACGGUGCAGGUUUGUAG